UCGACGCCUUCCACUUCCGCCAGAGGGAAUCCUGCGCUGCCGUUGCUAUGGUUCGCAGCAGUUGCUUGUUGUUCCGAAAGUAUGGAAACUUCAUUGAUAACCUAAGACUCUUCACCAAAGGAGGAAGUGGUGGAAUGGGUUAUCCUCGAUUAGGUGGAGAAGGUGGAAAAGGUGGUGACGUCUGGGUUGUAGCAGAAAAAAAGAUGACUUUAAAGCAACUUAAAGACAAAUACCCACACAAACGAUUUGUGGCUGGCGAAGGCGCAAACAGUCGGGUUAGUGCACUGAAAGGCUCCAAAGGAAAAGACUGUGAGAUUCCUGUGCCUGUGGGCAUUUCAGUAACUGAUGAACAUGGUAAAAUUAUAGGAGAACUCAAUAACGAGAAGGACAAAGUGUUGGUGGCUAAAGGAGGUCUUGGUGGUAAAUUACUCACGAAUUUCUUACCACUGAAAGGGCAGAAACAAAUCAUUCACCUGGAUCUAAAACUUAUAGCUGAUGUAGGCCUUGUAGGAUUCCCAAAUGCUGGAAAAUCCUCCUUGCUAAGUCGGGUGUCUCAUGCAAAACCUGUGAUUGCAGACUAUGUAUUUACAACAUUGAAGCCUGAACUUGGAAAGAUAAUGUACCAUGAUUUCAAACAGAUAUCAGUAGCUGAUCUUCCAGGCUUAAUAGAAGGAGCGCAUCUGAACAGAGGAAUGGGCCACAAGUUCCUGAAGCACUUAGAGAGAACUAAGCAACUCCUCUUCGUGGUUGAUAUUUCUGGAUUUCGGCUUUCUCCCCAAACUGAAUACAGAACUGCCUUUCAAACCAUAAUACUGCUUACAAAAGAGUUGGAAUUGUAUGAUGAGGAACUUCAAACAAAACCUGCACUACUGGCAGUUAAUAAAAUGGAUGUGCCAGGUGCCCGAGAUAAAUUCCAGGAACUGAUGCACCAACUUCAGAACCCUGAAGAUUUUCAGCACUUGUUUGAUAAAAACAUGAUUCCACAGAAAACUCUGAAAUUCCAACAUAUCAUUCCAGUCUCUGCAAUUACUGGAGAAGGAAUUGAAGAAUUAAAGGACUGUGUAAGAGAAUCACUGGAUGAACAAGCUAACCAGGAAAACAGUGCAUCCCAUGAGAAACAGUUGCUUAAUUUAAGACUAUCCAAUGCAAUAUCUUAUGGUGAGCCUCCAUCCAAUCAUGCUAUUAAUACUUCCUGAAUGGCUAUAAUUUAAAUCUAUACAAAAUGGCAUAAAUUUAUUUGUUUUAAUUCAAAAAUUUUUCAUAGACAUGCAUUUUAUCAACAUUACCAAUCUUCUGAUAUGUGUGCCAUUAUUUAAGAGUGACCUCUUUUUAAGCUGUUCCGUUGUUAAGGUCGUCCACAAUAAAAAAAAAAGACACUUUAUAAAUUUACGGUCUAUCCAUCCAUUAAUGACUAACAGUAACAUCUUCUAGUAUUCCUUUUUAUAAGGUAUCUCUGUUGAGAUCACUUUAUAAAAUAAUAUAAAAAGAUUCCCUAGAACAUUAUUAGAGUCACAACUAAUUUUUGUUUGUUUAGUCUUUUAUGUUACCUGAUGGUCCUUAUGAUAUGGUAGUUUUUAUUUUUAGCUGAGGAAAGGCUCAAAACAAAACUUAUGUUCAGUGGUAACCAAGAUCACUGAUAAUGUUCAAUAGAAAUCAGCACAUGGAUAAUUGUAAGUUGAGCUUUUAGAAGAGUUUUCGCCUCACAUUUAGUGUUUUUUAGCAUUGGUAGAGACUGAUAAGGUAUUUCAAUAAAGAGAAUAAGCAGAAAUAACAGACUUCACUCAUCAGUAUAUACGCCCCCCAUUUUAAUUUUUUUGUUAAUGCUUCAUUGAAGCAUAAUUCACCUACUGUAUUCCAUAGGUCCCUAAACAUAUUUGUUCUGCUGUUCCUCUUUCAGAAGAAAAAAUUAGCAGAUUUUGCAUAAUGCCCUGGCCUUUCAAACCUAAACAUGUUGAUAAGAAGCAAUCUAAACAUUUUGUACUGUACUCCAGAAUUCAGGAUACAGUCUAGAUACCUGCUUUGCAGCCCCCUGAUCAUUCGAACACCCCCAGCGGCUGGUAUCACUCCCUUUGAGGAACACUGUAUUAUUCAAUUCACCUAUUUAAAGUGUAUAUAAUUCGGUGGUUUUUAGUUUACUCAUGGAAUUGUUCAGUCAACACCACUAUCUAAUAUUUUCAUCAUCCAAAGAAGAAGCCAUGUAUUGA